GUACCAUAUAAGACCCUCUAGCAUGUAGUAGCCUCAGGAGACAAUAAUAUAUGAUUUUGUGAUUUUUAAUGUGGAUAUAUGCAUGCCGUAGGGUACCGGGAGCGAGCCACGAAGAACAGAGCAAUAUCCAUGAACGUACAUUGCAAGGAUAUCUGGCUGGAUAUUGCCAAAACAUUGCAUGGAUUUCCGUUAAAUCCUGGCAAUAUCCUUUUAAAUAUCCUGGCAAUAUCCUUGAAGGAUAUCGCCAGGAAAUUCGGGAUAUUCCUGCAAUAUUCUGCCGUGGAUAUUUGGCGUGAUGUGCAGUGUCAACGUUCAACGGUCGACGUUCCUUUGGUCAAUGAUUGUCGGAAGACUUGACACGAGAGCACGAAGCGGA